GGGAAAAUGAAUUGAUAACGAGAUGAUUGAGGUAGUUGGUACAAGGCAGUUUACAUUUUACCGUUGGCUACGGCGCAGGCUAAGAAGUUUUCACGCGCAAGCGUAAUAACAUGACAGAUCACAGCUGAUGACAAAGCGCGGGAAUUUUUUUAAAGUGGCGAAAAUGUUUGUGUGGUGAAUAAAUAAAUUGUAGAAGUGAUUAUUGACUGAAAUCUUAAGUAUCUUUUCUUAUGAAUAGGUACUAAGUAAUUUAUUUCUGUUUAUUUGUUUGUUAUCAAUGGCGGGAAAUUGAACAGUGGGCGCCAGCGCUACGCUAAGCCGCCACCGCAGCUGCGGUGCAGUGAAUGAUGCUGAAGGUAAACCCCCGGCAACUAGUCGGGAGGGUCUUACCCAUACUACACUGGUCGAAAAACUACGAUGCUAAGAAGGGGAUAGGAGAUUUGAUCGCCGGUAUCACUGUAGCGCUAACUUUGAUACCACAGUCUAUUGCCUACGCUUCACUCGCUGGAUUUGAACCACAGUAUGGCCUCUACUCAUCCUUCGCCGGGAGCUUUGUCUACGCAAUAAUGGGAACCUGUCCGCAAAUCAACAUCGGCCCCACGGCUUUGCUCUCUCUCCUAAUAUUCACUUAUACUAAUGGAACGAAUCCUGAUUUUGCGAUACUGCUCUGCUUCAUCUGCGGCGUUAUUCAGUUAGUUGCUGGGAUUUUACAAUUAGGUUUCCUCGUCGAGUUUGUAUCGUUACCAGUGGUGUCCGGUUUCACAUCAGCCGCGGCGAUCACUAUCGCCUCUUCACAGAUCAAGGGUCUCUUUGGUUUGAAGUUCAAUGCGGAGACCUUUAUAACCAUUUGGGGGAGUGUCUUCAAACAUAUAACACAUACUAGACUGCAGGAUACGCUACUUGGCUUGUCAUGCUGUAUCGUUCUUAUGGGAAUGAAGGCUCUAAAGGACAUUCGUCUAAAAGACCCGCAGGAUGAGAAAGGACGUCGCAACACAGUCAUAUUGCAAAGGAGCUUUUGGUUUGCGGGUGUGUCAAGAAACGCUGUUGUCGUCGUCAUUGCAUCUGUCAUUGCUUAUUUUGUGCAUCAAGAUAAGGAGGAGCCACUCAUACUUACUGGUGACAUAACUCCAGGGCUGCCAAAACCAGAGCUUCCACCGUUUCAAACAACUGUUGGCAACACAACGUUUGACGCGGGAGAAAUGUUAUCACAUCUUGGUUCAGGUCUGAUUGUUGUGCCUCUUGUCGGAGUCAUUUCCAAUGUUGCCAUCGCUAAAGCAUUCUCUAAAGGCAGAACCUUGGAUGCGACUCAAGAAAUUGUAGCGUUGGGCGCUUGCAACAUUAUUGGCGCUUUUUUCCAUUCGUUCCCAGUGAACGGGUCAUUCACGAGAAGCGCUGUAAGCGACGCGUCGGGUGUCAAAACUCCUGCAGCUGGAUUUUAUACGGGUAUAAUAGUUCUGCUGACAUUGGGUUUGCUGACGCCGUAUUUCUAUUUCAUACCACGAGCGGCGCUCGCAGCGGUCAUCGUUUGUGCUGUUCUUCACAUGGUCGACAUUGCCAUUCUAAAAAGACUAUGGAACACUAGUAGAUUGGAUUUAAUUCCUUUGGUGGGAACAUUUGUAUGCUGCCUAGUGCUGGGCAUCGAGAUAGGACUGGGUUGCGGAGUCGCGAUCGACGUGCUGUUGCUUCUAUAUUAUCACUCCAGACCACCCUUGGAUGUUGCAUUUGUUGACGAUGGCAUACAUUUACCUCACUACGCCAUACACCCAAUUGGAGGUCUCCACUUCGCAAGCGCAGAAAAAGUACGAAUAAAAUUAAUGUCGAUCAAAAAAUCCAAGAAAAGUGCAAUUCCAGCGAAUGAUACAGAUGUGAGAUUCGAACAUCUGACAGUAGUUCCAGAUGGCGUAGUACAAAAUGGCACAACUACACUACCUCAUAUAAAAUCUUCAAAUAUACUAGUGAUACACUGUGAUGCACUCCAUAGAUUAGACUACACUUUUUUACAGAGCUUGAAGAUGUUAGUGCAAGAGUGGUCGCUGAGUGGCCGCGUGGUGUGGUGUGACGCCAACCUUUUGAUCAAGGAGCAACUAAAAAGUAUCAUACAAGAUCCUUUGUUUUGCGACACUGAUGAUUUAGCGGUUUUUCUAGUAGAAAUAACAACGGCAACACAAACGGGUAAUUCCAGUGAUACGAGACUUUAGCAUAAAUGGAUCACAAGCAACGGAAAAAGGGCUCUUGAAAGUUAAACGCUUUUAACAAUAAAUUAGAGAUAUAAGCUUAUAAACCACAUUAUAUCCGCCGGCACCGCUAGAGCCGUGCGCACCGCAAUUUUAAAGCCGAUUCAUACCAAGCACGUGCACGUGACACGCGCGUAGUGUCGCGCGUGAAUCCGUAGACAUAACUGCACGCAUUACGUCUACGCGAAGGUUCACGCCACGCAAGCGGUAUGCCAUGUCUCAUACAGUUCCAUACAUUACAACGCAAUGGUACGCGCUACGUCUACGCGGCCUGGGUGGCCGCCGCUUAGUAAUGAAAAUCUGAAUGACAUCAACAGAACGCAAAAUAGUGGACGCGACAAACAAUUUUAUUUUAAACUAGCGACCCGCCCCGGAUUCGCACGGGUAGCUUAAUAUAAUUUUGCUAGGGAUCUCUUUUAUUGAGAAUAAAAUAUAAGAUAUCACUCAGGAAUAAUGUAUCUUUGCUGGCGAAAGAAUUUACAAAAUCUGUUCAGUAUUUCCAGCGAUUUCUUCCUACAAACAAACUUACAAACUUUACCUCUUUGAUAAUGUUAGUAUAGAUUUAAAUCCAUGUUACACAGCAGGUAGAUAAAGUAAAGCUUCUUCUUCUCUUGUUUUAUGGCUUUUCUCAAUGCCAAACAUAAAAUAUAACGCCAGUCUCACGUAACUUGAAGGAACCACCAGCACCAGAAGGAAGCACCAGAUCGUGAGGUAGUUUCUACUAAGUACUUGGUUGACAUGACAACACUGAAAGAUGUGUUACGUACGGAGCGGCACUAAUUGCAGUUAGCGCGGAGUAUGCGACCAGUUUUUAUAUAAAGUCCUAUAAUAAGAGAUUUGUGAUAUGUAAAAAUAAAGAAAUAAAAUGUUAAGAUUGUAAA